CCCAUCUCCCAUCUCCCAUCUCCCAUCACAAAAACAACAACACCCAGUGGCCAAAACAACUGCGCCUGCCAGUUUCCCUCUCCUAUGACCUUUCAAGUCAUAAUUGGAUCUCGUUCUGCCUGCUACUCACUAAUACGAGACCUUCCUUCCCUUCUCCCCUCUCUCCGUCAUGGCUACCGCCGUCGGUGCCACCCCGCCCAAGGCGGAACUGUCGAAGGAGGAUGAGACGCUGCUCAUCCUUGCUCGAUUGAUGGAGGGUGGCCAAGAAGACGAUGAAACCAUCCGGGACCUCGGUCAGCUCACCAAGUUGCUCAACGAAGAUUCACAAAUCCACCAGCCAUCCAAGGGAACAGCCGCCUCUGCUCCGUCCAUCUGCUCAGUCAUGGAUGCCGACUGCGUGGACACCAUGCUCUCAUAUCUCGACAUGCGCCAGCCCGAGGCCGUCCGAGGCCACGCUGUCCUCACCACGGCCGCCUACCUCAAGGCAGCAGGAGACGACGGCGCCAACAAUCUCUCGUCCUUCUUCCUCGACAGGGUCCGCCGAGGCACCUAUGACGAUUACAUACUGGCCUUCUGCGUCGCCGCUUCCACCUUCCCCAUUGUCCCGGACCUCACCGCCACCCUUUUUCUCUCCGAGGGUUUCCUCGCCGCCCUGGGCCCGCUCAUGCGCCGCAAGUGGAAGAGCCGCAAAGUCGAGACGGCCUGCCUCGAAAUGCUCAACGCCGCCUGCAUCAACUCGGCCUGCCGCGAAGCCGUUCUCAAGUACUGCGCCGACUGGCUCGAGGAGGUGGUCGAUCAGGACCCGGACCAGGUCGCCCGUGAGUUCAUGGCCCAGGACCCGGAUUCUUCUGGGGCCUCCUCCGUCACCAUGCGCCGCCAUUCCGAGGCCGUUCAGAACAUGGCCGCCGUCAUCCUCGCCAAGCUCAGAGCAAUGCCCCCCUCGGCAGCUUCGUUGGAUGACCAAGCAUCAGGGCGACAGGGAGGACAGUCGCAGUCGCAGUCGCAGUCACAACCACAGGAAAGAAUCACACCGGCCGUCACCACUAUUGAAGACCUCUCAUCCAGGUUUACCCGCAUGCUUCUCAGAGAGGACGACAAUCACGGCACACCACACUCGAUAGAAGGGUUGGCCUACGCCUCGCUGCAACCCAAGGUCAGGGAAGACCUGGCGCACCACCAAGAUUUCCUAAACAAGCUCGUGUACACGCUGUCCAACGCCCAACCCAAGUCCCCGUUGACCUACGGCGCCCUGAGCAUCCUGGUCAACCUGACAAGGUACCAGCCCACCCUGUCCGAGGAGCAGAAGAAGAUGUAUCAGCUCAAGGCCUACGCCAAUGCGGCCGGAAAGAUCCGACAGGAUCCUCUCCUGGACGACGAGCACGUCGGCGAAAGGUGUAGGCUCGUCUUCGACGCCGGUGUGACUCCGGUUCUCCUCUCGCACAGCAAGUUCGCCUCACCCGCCUCGCUUGGCCUCAUCGUCUCCAUCAUCUUCUCCCUAUCCGUCACCACAUCCGUGCGGGGCAAGCUCGCCCAGCAAGGCGCCGUCAAGCUCCUCCUCUCGGCCUGGCACGCCCUCCCCGAAUCCGAAUCCGCCAGCCGCCGGACCGCGGCCCAGGCCCUCGCCCGCAUCCUCAUCAGCACCAACCCCUCCCUCGUCUUCGGCGGUAGCCGCUCCCACCCGCAGAGCUCCGCCAUCCGGCCCCUCCUCUCGAUCCUACCCCCGGACCCGGCCGCCGACACGCGCGACCUCCUCCCGACGUUCGAGUCCCUCAUGGCGCUGACGAACCUCGCGUCGACGGACGACGCCGACACGCGCCGGGCCAUCAUCCGCACGGCGUGGCCGCACGUCGAGGAACAACUCGUCGCCUCCAACGCGCUCGUGGCCAAAGCGGCCGUCGAGCUGGUGUGCAACCUGGUCCAGGCGCCCGAGGGGAUGGCGCUCUACGCCGACGGCAGCGCGGGGGCCAAGAACAGGCUGCACGUCCUGCUCGCGCUGGCGGACGCGGAGGACGAGGGCACGCGCAGCGCGGCGGGCGGGGCGCUGGCGGCGCUUACGGGGCAUCCCGGCGUUGUGCGCGCCAUCGUCGAGCGGGAUCGCGGCGUCGAGAUGGUGCUGGGCAUGUGUGGUGAAGAGGGCGAGGAUCUGCGGCACCGCGGCGGGUUUGUGGUGUAUAAUAUGGUGGUCGCCGAGGGGGAGGCGGGCGCCAUGGCGCGGAAGAAGAUUCGCGAACGGUAUGGGGUGGAGGUGUUGAAGAAGGCGGCGAAAAUGAGUCGGCGGGGGGAAGUCGUGGAGGUCAUUUUGGAGGCGUUGAAGGUUCUCCUUGAGGGGGGGGAAGGUAGUGGAGGCUCAUGAGCGUUUUGGUUAAGACAAGGACGCGACGAAGUAAGGAUAGGGUAAUGGGUAUUUAAUGUCGGAUGAGAAGAUGAUAUGGGAAUGCUAUGGAUAUAGGUAUAGGACAGGUAUUCAUCUCACGCCUGGUAUGCGCCUGGUAUGUGGCGACUUUGUCUGGUGAUGCGGAUGUAGUGGGCUUAUAAUGAGGAUGGUGAGCUGUUUGAGUGAGGCUCCUAAUAGACGUCGAUAUGUGCAAGC